AUAUCACCACACCUCUUCUGUGAUUCAGACACACAAAAUUUUCAUUCUUUGUCAGAUCUUUCUCCUUCUUCCUCCAUACAAUUAAUCUCAGCAGCUUCUCCACAUCUCUCUCAAAGAAAAGAAACCCUACAAAUUUCCAAACUAAAGAAGAAGAGAAUGGAUAACUCUGACAUACUAAUGAACAUGAUGAUGACACAAAUGGGAAAGCUUCCUGAUCACUUCUCUAACCCAAUCCCUAAUCCUAGCUCGCAUAACAUCAUGAUGCCCUCCGAAUCCAACACUUAUCACCCUUUCUUCUUCAACCACAACAACCAUAUCCAUCCCCCAGUACUUAACCCAACCAUAACUCUCCACCACCAACCCGGUUUAAAUUUCCGGUAUGCCCCUUCCACGUCAUCAUUUAUCCCGGACAAAAGAAGAGGAGGCGGCGACAACGCUGACAUGGCGGCGAUGCGAGAGAUGAUCUUUCGAAUAGCCGUGAUGCAACCGAUACAUAUUGAUCCAGAAUCGGUGAAGCCACCUAAGAGGAAGAACGUGAGGAUCUCUAAAGAUCCACAGAGCGUGGCGGCUCGGCAUAGGAGGGAGAGAAUCAGCGAGCGGAUUAGGAUACUUCAACGCCUUGUACCCGGCGGAACCAAGAUGGAUACUGCGUCGAUGCUCGAUGAGGCUAUCCAUUACGUUAAGUUUCUCAAGAAGCAAGUGCAGUCGAUGGAGGAGCAUGCGGUGGUUAACGGCGGAGGAAUGACGCCAGCACCGCUGGUUGUUGGUGGAAAAGGAUGCGGGUCUAUGCGAUCUGAUCAUCACCAGAUGCUUGGAAAUGCACAUAUUCUUAGAUGA